CAGCAAGAGCCGAUCCCUGCAGCAGCAGAGUACAAUCAGCCAGACUGCCUACUAGUUGCUGGGAGUGCGCGCAAUGGCGUCCGCUGCGAGGUUCCUGGCCGUGGUCAUGGCGUGCGCGCUCCUGGGCAGCAAUUCGUGCCACGCGGCGCGCCACCUGGCCGACACGACCGCGGCAGCCGCGGCUCCCGCUGCCGCCGUCCCAGGCCUCCCGGCCGUGCCCACCUUGCCGACGGUGCCCCAGAUGCCCGCGGCCACCGUGCCGCCGGUGACGCUGCCAUCCAUGCCGGCGGUUCCGGCGGUCACCGUGCCCCAGGUGGCGCUGCCGCCCAUGCCCGCCGUUCCGUCCGUUCCCAAGGUGGCGCUGCCGCCCAUGCCCGCCGUACCGUUCGUGCCCAAGGUGGCGCUCCCGCCGAUCCCCGCCGUCCCGUCCGUGCCAAAGGUGGCGCUGCCGCCGAUGCCCUCGAUCCCGAACGCCAACAUCCCCAUGCCGUCCCUGGCGCCGCCCCCGUCGGCGUAGGGAGGAGCGCUCGCCGCGGCCGCGCGCGGCGUGCGAUGCCGAUGCCAUGGCCGUGCCCAUCGUCCGGCGGCCGGUUUGGUUGCGUGGUGGGUUCGCGUGAUCACUGGCUGCUAGCUCUUUUGUUUGCGUGUCUGGAGCACGCGAGUAUUUUUGUUUCUGUUGAAGACUUGAAGUGCCGUGCCAUUGUUCGUAUGGACACAUUUUUUUUAGGGGUGUUCGUAUGUACAUAUGUACUACCAUUUCUUUCGUGUAUGUCUUAUUUUCUGGUUCUCAGUUUCGACCUGUGGGCCUACACUUCUAUUUUGAGGCCGAAAGAUUUGUCGUCUGUUUCUCUCUACCAA